CAUUCAUGUGACCGGACGCAGGCGGCCGCCGCGCCCAGCACGGCUUCUUCUCAGGACUCGUUGAUGACCCUGAACCCAGAUGACAAUGGAGGUGACCACAUCAACGUCGUCGUUAGAGUGCGGCCUCUCACGGCUCUUGAGCAUGACGGCUACAAGGCUCAAGCGCUCAACUACCCGGGUGAAGGACAAGUGCUCGUGGAGGAGCCAGCAAGUGGUCAAACCAAGCUGUUCACAUUCACCGUGGUGUUCGAACCGGAGGCGACACAGGAGGACGUGUUCGAGCACUGCGGCAUCAAGCGUCUCAUCGACAUGGCGCUUGACGGGUUUGCCAGCACGAUCAUGGCGUACGGCCAGACAGGUGCCGGCAAGACCUACACGCUAACUGGACCGCCGGAGGCAUCGGAAGGCGGAGCCAGCGUGCCGGGUAUUAUGCAGCUGGCGUUUGGUUACCUCUUCGGGGAGAUCACGCAACGCAGAGGUGUCGAGUACAUCGUGCAGGCCUCGUACCUGGAGGUAUACAAGGAGCACGUGCUUGACCUUCUAAACCCGUCGCACAAGACGCUUCCCGUCCGCUGGUCGAAGGACAAGGGUUUCUAUGCGGAAAACUUGUUUGUCGUGGAAUGCGAGGACCUGGGUGAUUUAGACGGCGUUCUACAAGAAGGCCGCAAGAACCGUCAGGUACGCAGCCACGAGAUGAACGAGUACUCGAGUCGCAGCCACAGCAUCCUGACCAUCAACUUGGCUUCCGAUGUACGCGACCCGGAUGACCCGAACAUUUUCAUCCGUCGCCAGGGAAAGCUUUCGCUCGUCGACCUCGCCGGCUCCGAAAAGACCAAGAAGACGCGGAGCCGCGGAAACACGCUUGUCGAGGCGAACAACAUCAACAAGUCGCUUCUUGUUCUCGGUAACUGCAUAUCUUGCCUGGCGGACCCUAAGAAGCGGACGGGCCACAUCCCGUACAGGGACAGCACACUUACCAAGCUGCUGGCCGACAGCCUCGGCGGCAGUGGAAUGGCUCUAAUCAUAGCCUGCGUUUCUCCGAGCUCUUCCAACGCACACGAGACGAUCAACACGCUGCGAUAUGCGUCCAGGGCCAAGAGGGUCAAGACGAAACCAAUGGUCCGAAUGGACCCUCGGGAGUUACUCAUCCUUAGCCUGCGCCGAGAAGUCCGGCUAUUACGCAUGGAGAACAGCUAUCUACGCCAACAGAUGCUGAACGCCGGUGGCCCGCUUCAUUUGAGCAACGUGCUGGCCGUGGGCGACGAGCCUUCAGAAGACGACGACGAGAAGGAGCUCCUGCACAAGUACAUGACAGAGAACGAGGCUCUCAGAACCGAGAACGCCACGAUGCACCACUUGCGGGAGAUGCUGGUGAGGGACCACGAGCUCGUCUGCAGGGAGAAUGAACGACUCAUCAAGAAACUGGACGCCCUUGAAAAGACCUCAGCGCAGCAACGCCAGCCUGCUGCCACCGAGAAGACACAGGAAAGUGCCAAGCCGCAGAUGGGCGCCCGUGCUGACGCAAAGGUGACCAAGCACAGCGCAGCUUCCAACCGGAGCUCGACCAGGGAGUCACCCAAGCUGACGCCCACAGUCCGGAAGAUUGGUCGAAGCCUGAACGACAUCGGUGACGGCACACUGGCGGCUCGGCCACGCGGUGUCGAGCAGGGCGGCCGACGCAACUCGUGGGGCACCAGCGGCAUACCCAAGCUGCGCCAAAAGCUAUCGACGAACCCGCUUGUAGCUGCACUGGCACCCAAGCGCGUGCUGCGCCGCACAGCUUCAAACAGGGUCACACCCGCUGACACGAAGAGGAGCAGUGCAUCACAAACCGGAAUGAACUAAGCAGCCCCACUGUAAUGGUGAACACGUGGAGGAAGGAGAAUGACUGGCGAAGAGCAUGACAUUGGACAUCGGCAGUCAUCAUCCUCUGACGUCACCCUGUUUAACUUCGGGGUCCAUCUGCGCAUAAACUACUUGAAAAUAAAUCCGAUGUUGUUACCAGA